GAAGCUUAAACAUUAUAAUUGUGAAGAAAUACAACAAGAAAUUAUUAAAAAAAUUAUUCUUUUGUUAGGAUUGGAAAAAGCAUUUAUAUCAAAUUGGCUCUAUUAUAUGCCAAGUUUAAAUGUAAAUCAUGCUAUUAUAAAUCGAUUAGACAAUACCAAAAUACCACAAGAAUGCAUUGAAUAUUUUUUAAGACUUCUAUUAUUUCUUCCAAAACUUUAUCAAAAAGAAAUUGAAAAGUUUACAAUAAAUUUUAAAAACCUCUCAAAGAUCAAUUUUUACAAGAACACAAUCAGGAUAACUGAUUUAACCUUACAUAAUCAAAAAAUCAGCAAUGAUUUACUUGAAGCUAUUUUGACCACUCCAGAAUUUGCAUUUCAUUUACAACGUAUAGAUAUUUUCAGAUGCAUCAAUAAAUACGAGAUUUAUAAUCAUACAAAUAAUAAAGUUGAUAAUUUGAGUGCAAAUGAAUUUACACCUACCAUCCCUCAUAAACAUCUUGCAGGGCAAUUUGAUUAUAAAAAGCAUCUGCCCCAUAUUUUUACCCUUUUAUGUUCUAAUAAUAGUAAACAGACCAAUAGUCCAAUAUCUUCUAAAUCUUUGGGUUUGCAAGUUCUCAAUUUGGGUUCCUUAACUUCUCAAAGGUUGGACAUUGUUUAUGAACUAGUUUUCAAAAACUCUUCAUAUUUAACAAAUGGUGGUAAAUACACAAAAAAGAAUCCUAAACAUAAAAAUUAUCACAAGCAGUCCCCUUUAAGAUUUAUUGAUGAUACAUCUCACACAAACUUUCAAAUGGAAUCAUCUUGUGAUGUUAAGCAUUCUAACAAUGGCUUAAGGGCACUUAUAAUCACUGACUUGAUUUUCACCCCUCUAAAUUUAUCAGACAUGGACCUUUACUCUCCUGUCUACACCCCUAGUUUUCCAAUCUACACUUGUGCCCCCCUCUCCUCCCAUGCCUCUUAUUCAAGUUCUAGCAUAUAUUCAAGUGAAUCAGAAGAGGAUACAAACUAUAAUGAAAGUUCUUUUCCUACAGAUGAUACAUUUGCCCCCAAAUGCCCACUCUCUUCAGAUCUUGUCAAUGAUACCAACAUGGGUAACAGCACUACUAACAAGGUUGUCAUUGAAAUUUCCAAGAAACAGAAAAAUAAAGCUAACCUAAAAAAGCAGAAAAAUGAUGACAAUUUUUCCCAAAAUGAUUUACAAAAAUUGUCUAGAAAGAAGAGUUGCACGGUUAGGAGGCUAAGGCGGUUGUUAGCUGAUUGCCGAAGUAGUCUGACAUAUCUCGAGAUAAUGAAUUGUGAUUACCUGACACCCAGAGACUAUUCUAUUCUAUUUGAAGGAUUUGCCAAUUUAACCCAUCUGAUUUUAUACAAUGCCUUUAGUGAGGAAGCCUUGCCUCCCAUGUGUCAUUUAAAGAACAUUGAAUUUUUGGAUAUCUCUCAAAGUUACGAGAUAGAUUACGAAAACCCUCAGUACAUGUUAGACAAUAUUCUCAAGAGUUUUCCGAAGCUAAUCGGUUUAGAUUUGUCCGGAACCAAUUUGCCCGGUCACAUUAUAACAGAAUCAAACGCCGAUAGUACAAGCAGGAAAAGAAACUCCUACCUCUCUGGCUUUAAAUAUUACAACGAUAAAUUGCUCUUCCUGGGAUUGCUAAAUACAGCUAAUAACGCUUGCACAUGCCCAAAUAUACCAGCAGAAAAAGUUACUGGUGAUGGAGACGAAACCCAAAUAUUUAACUCCCUCGAGGUCUACAUAAACAGGCCAGAAAUUUUACAGAAAUCUGCCACCGACUUGUUCCUGCUGUUCAGAUAUUCUACUAUACGAGACAUGGACAGAGCUUUGAAGAACGUUCUCACCUUGAUGAACCAAUACAAAGGCGAAAAAAACGUCUUGAUUGCGGCCAGUGCCUGCCUUUUUUACAUAGUCAAAACUGAUCUGAAGAAGCUCACUAAUCCGGUUUCAAUCAGAUCUAUCAUAACCCAUAUACUUGAGUGCAUGGAAAGUUUCCCCGACGAGCAAAAUAUGAUAAGGAACGGCUUACUUACAAUGUUCCAAUUCAACAUUCCGGAACAAAUUUUAUUUGCCACCGACAGAACUGUUUCCAUACUCCUAAAAGUUUUGUCAAACCGAAUCCGCAAAAUACAAGUUCCUAAUAUCGUUUUCCCCGAUUAUCCUCCUUCUACCUUUUCGGUCAGGAGAAAUGUUGACGAUAUCAACGUUGAAAACAAUACUACAAAUCUAUCUCCCAGCGUUCCGAAUAUCUCGUUUUCGGUUAACCCGGACAAUACCUUUGCUUUGGGUGGCCAAACUGACGUUGGCUACCGCGAGAUAGAAGAUUUCAGUUAUGAUAAUAAUACCGUGACCCUGACCUUCGAAUUUGAUGAUUUCAAUGACGAAACUUUUCUGGACGUGGAGGAAAGGGAGGACUUUGAGGUCGAGGAAACCGAUAUGAUGGAGAGGGACAUGGAGGGUGACGUAGUUAUGUUACCGGCGGCUAGCUCUAACCAGUCUAAUAUAGAUGCUCCCGACAGUUUAACAAACAAUUUUUUGCAACAGCCCGACAAUAAUUAUCGAAUCUUCAAUAUCGUGGGAUCGAACAACCCUUCCAGGUUGCCCACUAUCUCAAACGCUCGGCUCAACACGAGAUCGCAUUAUCGUCAUCCAGUGACUCGGGAUGAUAGAUCUUAUAAUGACAUGUCGAAUUCUCUCGCUUCCGAGCGCCUUCCAGGGCUCGGUAAUAUUUCCGAGGCCGAGGGGAUGAAUGAGAGGACAGAAGACGUUGAUGAGGACGAUGAGUGGCGAUAUUUUUCUGACAUAGGAUCAGGAUCCGAUAAUUACGAAAUCGAAGAUGAUCUCGAAGCCAGGAUAGGGUCUGGUAACGAAGAAAAUGUCGCUAAUGGGGAUGAGAGAAACACCCGAAACGUUACCCGGAAUAUUUACUACGAAGAAGACGACGCGGCCACCAACGAAGACCGACUCGACCGUCUCAUUACUCGCCUCAGCGUUUGCGUGCUGAACAGCUUAGUUUGCGCGUUAGAUAGCCCGGGUAAGCUUAGGAUAGGUGCCGGCCUGGGAACCAUUUCCGUCAUGCUGGCUAUAUGCCGAAAUAAGCUCGCCAAAAAUGUUUGUGACGAAGUCAUGGAAGUCGCUUGGAGUACCCUAUGGAACAUCACCGAUGAGACGCCCGAAAAUUGCGAAUGUUUCUUAAAAUUACGCGGCUUAACUACCUUUACUAAAUGUAUCAGGAAAUUCAAAGAUAGACCAGAACUAUACAGGAAUAUGUUGGGCUUGCUGGGUAAUAUAUCCGAGGUGAAAGGCCUUAGGCCAUGGCUAAUGAAGGACGCAUACGUUCAAAUUUUUUACGAACUGUUAUAUAAUUUUGUGGACGGGAUUGAGAUAGCAUAUAACUCGGCCGGCAUACUCUCUCACCUACUCAGUGACGGUGUUCAGGCCUGGACCAUAAGCCUACCCAGGGAUAAGAUUCUAACGAGGUUACCAAAUACCAUUCAUAGAUGGAAUUUGGACUCCCAGAGGAACAUCAACUAUAGAUCAUUGGUACCCAUCUUAGGCUUGCUUGAACAUUUUGAAACCCCGCAAGUGCAGCACUGGUCUGUAUGGGCCCUGGCCAACUUGACGAGAGUUUAUCCUGAAAGGUAUUGCAAUUUAUUGGAGUCUGAAAAAGGGAUACCUUUAUUAAAAGCCAUAGCUUCGGAUCCCAGACCUUACGAUCAUAUCAAACAAUUGACGAAUGUUAUACUCAAUAAUUAUGAUAAAUACAAGAAUAAUUCGAGGAACAAAAAUACUCCCAUGUUAGAUAACCUUGUUAGUGUACAAAACGUUGAAACGCAUUCUCAUCAAUUUCAGCCAGUUACUUCUGCCCAUCCCUUGGAAAUAGGUUACUUCCAAAUAUCGACGCAACCCAUAAUAGAUUUCGAUCCGCAAGAGCCCUAGUCCAAAAUAUUUAUGAAUUUAUAAGUAUCCUCUUGAAAGAUCUAUUUAUAGAAAAUUACUUUUUUAAUAUAUAUUGUAUAAAUAUAAAUGCUAACUAACCUAUAAUUAUAAAUAGUUUAAAUAUAUUUAUUAUAAAAGGGCAUAAAUAUUGUCAUUUCACAAUUCCUUUAACGCCAAAUUUUAUUUCAGAUACAGAAAUCAAGCACGGUCUGAGAUAUUAAUAUUU